AUGGGACAACGUGUUUCGCGAACUGAUUUUGAAUGGGUUCAGAAUGAACAGCCGCAUAUUGGACGACGUGAUGCCAUGUUAAAGAAGUACCCGGAGAUCAAACGAUUGUUCGGUCCGGAUCAAUCUCUUAAAUUAACUGUUUCGGCAUUAGUUGUUACUCAGUUGAUCAUGCUGCACGUGAUGCAGCAUCAGUCGUGGAAAAUUAUUCUCUUGGUUGCGUACAUUUUCGGUAGUGUGAUUAACCACUCAUUAAUGGUUGCCAGCCACGAGAUAGUGCACAACAUGGCAUUCGGACAUUCUAGACCCCUAGCCAAUCGUUAUUUUGGAAUGUGGUGUAAUAUACCAAUUGGAGUACCAUUUUCAGUAACCUACAAAAAGUAUCACACUCUUCACCACAAAUAUUUAGCAGAGGGAUCCCUAGAUCACGAUAUUCCAACGGUUUUCGAAGCGAAAAUGUUCUCUACGACAUUUGGAAAGUUUGCGUUUCUCAUACUACAACCAAUAUUUUUUGUACUAAGACCAUUUUUUGUCAAUCCGAUGCCAAUUCAGAAGUUAGAAAUAAUUAAUGCUGUAGUGCAAGUUACAUUCGAUGUAUUAGUUACAACAGUAUUUGGCUGGAAGAUGCUCUUUUAUUUGCUCAUUUGUUCAUUUUUUGCGUUGAGCCUUCAUCCUAUAUCUGGACACCUCAUUGCUGAUCACUACAUGUUUAAAAAGGGCUUUGAGACUUACUCCUACUACGGGCCUCUUAACAAAAUCCAUUUCAAUGUUGGAUAUCACAAUGAACACCACGAUUUUCCUGCCAUCGCUGGAAGAAGGCUACCAGAAGUGAAAAAAUUAGCACCUGAGUUCUAUGAAACGAUUCCGUAUCACACGUCGUACAUUAGAGUAAUGUAUGACUUUGUACGAGACCCUACCGUUGGCCUUUAUGCCAGGAUUAAACGAAUACCAUUGAAAAAAGCUGACUAGAGUGUAUUCAUUAAAUAGUAAUAAUAUAUGAUGCCAAAUCAAAUGAUUAAUCGUAGACAUGGUGAUAAACGAACUACAAUUUUGUAACGGUUAUAUACGAAGUAAAGAAUUAGCAGCAUUGUGGUUGUUAUUCCAUUUUCAGACAUAAUUAGGAAUUGAAUUGUGAAUAACAUUUGUCCUUCGUUAAUAUGAGAACGCUCGUCGAAUUUUGACACAUAAUUAUUGUUAUCAUCCUUAGUUCCGCAGAAUCUUUGAGCGAAGAAUUAUUGAUUUCAGCAUGAGAGUUAUAAUUAGGGAAGAGUUAACCACCAACAAUAGUAUGGAGUAGAAAAAUACGGA